UCCCUAAUAAGUCUACCAGCUGUAUCAUUGUUACCUUAAUAUAUAUCCUAUCAAAUUGGGAGUUUUAAUUGCGGCACUGUUCACCUUGUACUCAGCGAGUUUGCUUUUGAGAAAUGUUUCCAAUCGCGGCGCUUACGGACCUAUCAGGUGUCCAUCAAUCCGCGCUUCCUUUUCGUCAUAGCCGAAGUUACACAAGAAACGACCAACGAUGGCUACAUUCGCUAAAUCCUCCUUCUCGGCCUCCUCCUAUGCCUCCUUUCGUCCAACCUACUCCCAGACCUUCUACAACACCCUCCUUCGCUACCACCAUGGCCCAACCACCACCCUGCUCGAGCUCGGCACCGGCCACGGCCUGAUCGCGCGCCGCCUCUCCCCAACAUUCAGGCACAUCGUCGCCACCGACCCCUCCCCCUCCAUGAUCGCGCAGGCACGCUCCUCCAUCGUCGACCGCCCCGAGUUCAGCAACAUCGAUUUCCGCCAGGCGUCGGCCGAGAGCCUCGACGAUAUACCGAGCGGGAGCGUCGAUGCUGUGAUCGCGGGGCAGGCGGCGCAUUGGUUUAACUUUGCGAAGGUGUGGCUGGAGCUGAGUCGCCUGGUGCGUAAGGAGGGGACGGUGGCGUUCUGGGGGUACAAGGAUCAUAUCUUUGUGGAGCAUCCGAGGGCGACGGCGAUUCUGGAUAAGUACUGUUAUGCGAUGGAGGAGGGGAUGAUGGGGCCGUAUUGGGAGCAGCCGGGGAGGAAUAAGUUGAGGGAUUUGUAUAGGGAGAUUGUGCCGCCGAUGGAGGGGUGGGAGGCGGUGGAGAGGAGGGAGUAUGAGCCUGCUACUACGGGGAAACAGAAGGGGAAGGGGGAGGUGGUGAUGGCCAAGCGGAUGACUCUGAGGGAGGUGGAGGGGUAUACGAGGACGUUCAGUGCGUUUGUCAAUUGGGCGGAGGCGAAUCCGGAUAGGAAGGCGAGGCAGGAUGGGGGGGAGGGAGAUGUGGUGGAUGACUUGUUUGAUGCCAUGGUGGCGGCGGAGCCGAAAUGGAAAGAGGCCGGCGAUAACUGGAGGGAUGUCGAGGUUGAGAUGGAGUGGGGAAGUAUAAUGCUGAUGGCGAGGAAGAAGUGAGACUGAGGGUGACACGGAGGGGUAGGGCGGGGAGGAAGAGGAGGAUGUAUAAAUGUAGAAUCGACAACUCUCCAAUCUGACCAGUAUAUACCAGAUAUAGAAGAAUAUAGUCAAGCUCGAUAAUUGUUA